CGAGCAGCCGAGCUGUCGUAAAGGUUGUGUGCGGUUAAUUUAUGCGUAAUUUUAAAAAUUAUUUAAUCGCAUAAACAUUAACUAUUGUAAAUUAACAAUGAAUUACAAAAGAUUAAGUUACGGUGUGCCUAAAUAUGCAGUGAAAAUUUAUUCGUGAGAAAUUUUAGGAAUAAAAUUCGGCGUAUUGUUUUGGUCCCAUUGAAGUCUAUUGAUUUAUCGUAACUAGUAAGCCAGUGACCUGUUUUUCGUAUUUGUUAUGUGAGCCUCGUAAAUAAUUAAUCGUAACUGUUGAGUGCAGUGUGCGGAACAGUUGAUAAUUAGGAGUUAUUCUUCAAAAUAUUUGAGCGGAACCAUGACUGCGACGAAAUUUCGCUUAUGAUUAAACAUUAAUGAGCAGAGUGCAGUUUAGAUAACUAAAUAGUUAAAUUCUUAUUCGUUAUGGUGUGCUAUCCACAAUGAUGACUCCUAUCGAAGAGAAGAAAGAUGAAAAGAUCCGCACAGGCAUGGUGCAAGUAUCAGACGGCAAGUCCCGGCCUCGGCCGGCGCGCCUCGUGCUCACGAUGGAGGCGGUGACGGUGCAGCGCGAGGUGGUCAUACCGCCCCAACCUCCCCGCGACAAGAGCGUGCCCCACGCUAGGGAGCGAAUGGUCCAACUAACCCGGCAGAAGGUGGGCGGAUUAGGCUUGAGUAUAAAGGGGGGCGCGGAACACAAGCUGCCCAUCCUCAUCUCCAAGAUAUACAAGGACCAAGCGGCUGAUCAGACGGGGCAGCUGUUUGUUGGGGACGCAGUUAUCAAAGUGAACGGGGAAUACAUAACGGCGUGCAAGCACGAUGACGCCGUCAACAUCCUGCGCAACGCGGGCGACAUCGUGGUGCUCACCGUCAAGCACUACCGCGCGGCCACGCCCUUCCUGCAGAAGCAAGCGGACGGCGCGUCCGAUACCGACAGCAGUACGGGGGAUGAGCACCCCUCACUACAUAACAAAGUAGAUGCCAAUUGCAACUCGGAGCGAACAGCGGAUACUAAUGGAGGAUGGCAGAGCGCGUGGGGUGACGCAGAGGAGAGCAGUCGGCCCGGCAGCGCGGCGGGCUCCACGAGAAGUUCUCGACCGCCUUCCGUGGCGUCCGACCGCCUCAACGAUCGCGCGACCGAAGGCGCUAAGGAAUGGGUUGACGUCAUUUCCGUACCUUUAAUGAUGGGUUACGUCACGCGUUAUGUUUUCGGAACGGACAAGUUACGACCGGGAGCUUUCGAGGUGCGCGGCGCGCGGCCGCAGGUGACGACGGGCGUCAUUCACGUGGAUGAACCGGCAGCGCUCUCGCACUGGCUCAAGAGCAUCUCCGACAACAUCAUGGGACUUACUAAUUUACAGAUGAAGCUGUUCAACCGGCACCUGUCUGGCGGGGAGCGAAUAGAGUACAUGGGCUGGGUGCACGAAGGCCUAGUAUCGGGUGCGCAGCCGUGGCAGACAUACCGCCCUAAAUUCCUCGUGUUGAAGGGAACUGAUGUCAUGCUGUUUGACGUUCCGCCGACGAACAUUACGGAAUUGGCCAAGUGUCCAGAAACUUUGAAAGUGUACCAGACAAUGUUCCGCACGGUCAAAGAGAGCGAGACGGUCGACUGGCGCCAACAUUGCUUCCUCGUUCAAAGCAGUACCAGCCUCACAGCCGCUGCUGCGCCCCGAUACUUCAGUGCGGAGACCAGGCAUGAGCUACUGAGGCUGGAGGCUGCUUGGACGGCUAACAUCGUCAAUUCAGUAGUGCGGCUCGGGAAGAAAACAUUCACGGUGGUGCAUAUGGGUCGCGCGGCGGGGCUGACGUUGGACUGGUCGUCCGGCUUCUCCCUGAGCGAGGGCACGCCGGGCGCGGCGCCCGUGUGGUCCUACAGGUUUUCACAGCUCAGAGGUUCAAGUGACGACGGGAAAUCCAAACUGAAAUUACAUUUCCAAGAUACUGAGACCAAAGUUAUUGAGACAAAGGAAUUGGAGUGUCAAAUACUCCAGAGCCUCCUGUUCUGUAUGCACGCGUUUCUCACGGCCAAGGUGGCGUCCGUAGACCCCGCAUUCCUCGCGUCCAUACAGCAGGCCAACUGAGACCUCUGAGGGCCGCGACCCCUACCAUCAAACAGUGGUGGGGCACAGUAAUGCAAUUGACUUCCAGUUUCUUUGAAAUACGUAAUUGCCAGCCUACCGGCAGACGUGCCGGCUUAGCAUUCAGUAGGGUUAUACUUUAUCCGUGGAAAGGGGUUAGUAUAACGCUCUCUCUGUUACGUAAUCUUAUAAAAAUGGUAAUGACAAAAAUCUCAGUGGGCGUUAUACAUUUUGAGUCACCAACCAAUCACAAACAUGUUUUCAAAAAACAUUUUAAAUUCAAUUAGAAAACAUAGUUUCGUUUGUAAUUAGUUGAUGACCCAAAAUGAGCACUCACUGAGGUUCAUUAUCACUUACCAUCAGGCGAGAUUGCAGCAGAAAAAAUAUACCCUCAGUUUUUCGAAUUCCGAGCAAAAAGUAAUUACGAUUUCGGAUUACGAAAUUAUAGAGAAUAUAAAUAGUAAAAGAAUCGUUAAAUAAAUAUGAUAUGAUUAUGAAUUGUGUUAAAUGUAAUUUACCUUGUUAUAUCGCCACUAUGGAUGAAAUUGCAGCUAAAGUCUGCAUAGAUAAAGGUGCGUAUAGAUUUGCUUGAUUUUGAGAUUCUUGUGUGUAUCAAUAAGAUCUGUUAGCUUCUUACAGAUUUGCUCGAUUUUAUCGAUCACGCAUAAAAUACCAAGGGUAACAUAACAUCACUUGUUGAUUUAUCGAUCCACUAUGGAGAUCGAGAAAAAAAAAAAUGUUGAUUGUCUGUUGCUUACAUAUUAUAGUUACUCAAUUUGUUUGAUCGCACGGGUCGAUUAUAAAAGAUCGUGCUUAUCUGUAGUCACCUUUAGAUGAUCCUCCUUGCGCAGUGGUGAGCGCCGUAACCCGGUUCGAUUCAUGCCAGGGGCAAUUUGGAAAUCAAUGAUUUCUUAAUGUUUUAGGUGAGGUAACCUAAUUUAUCCAAUAGGGUCCAUACAAAAUGUAUGAACACCACGUUCCAUGUGGUAUGUGUGGUUUGCGAAGACCCUGAUUGAAUUUAAUAUUAAGGCCUAAUAUUCUAAACUAAAACAGCGAAAAAACAAGACUUAGAUUUACAGUGAAUCCUGAGUCCUAAAGGUCCAAGCGCAUUGGUGUUGCGCUGCGCGACGCAGUAUCUGACGCUCUAUACAAACUCAUAAAGCUGCGUCCGCUGUGCUCCUUACGAAGUCCUAUAAAGUAUAAUAAUAGCCGCGUCGCGCAUUGCAGUUCGAAGGCGUUGGGACCCUAACUCUCCCUUUUUUCUUCCAAACUUGUAUCAUAUAGUUGUUAAGGAUUAAAUUCAAGAUUUAUUGCACUUCCCAAUUCGCAGUUUUAUCACAAUUUACAACUAUUAUUAGUUUAGUAAACAAUGAUCUGAAUAAAUAAUACAAUUCCUAAAAGAAAAUACCGUAUGAUUGGAUUACAGUAAAUGUGAUGUGAGUGGUAUGGGAUUUCACAUCUGACAGAGUUCGAGCGUCGAAACACAAUAAUGUCAGAGUAAAAUAAACCUAAAAUCCUUUGUUUUAAAGUCGAAAAUUCAGCACCACCGAUUUUAAUUUCGCAAAGUUACUGCUUGGAAUACCAAUUUGAACUUUAUAACAAGGCUGUUAAAGUUCAUUUUACUUCGACUCGAAAGUAUUUUGACGAUGGAAUU